ACCGCAGUUAGCAGAGAAGAGCGAAAGGCGAAAGCUGUGAGUCUUCACAGAAUGGCGGUAUCUAAUUCCCCAUUCGCUCCCCUUCGUCAGCUAUCAAAUCCUCGAACCAAUUCCUUCACAGGAAAACCCUGUCUGUUUCUCCCUCGCUCACCUCUAAAGAGUUUCAUUUCGAAUGCGAGAAGAAGAAACUCAGGGACGACCCAUAUCAGGGUUUACUCUCAUAUCAACAAAGCCAAAGUCUUCUCAACAACAUCUUCAGCCAUCGCCACCGAUUCACCUGAGGCUGCGACGGUGGCCGAGGAUAGGAUUCCUUUAGAGAAUUCAGUGGAGGAACAGGAAGUCAUUCUUCCCACCAACGAGUCGUCGGAGAAAUUGUUGAGAAUUCGACACACGUGUGCACAUGUUAUGGCCAUGGCUGUACAGAAACUCUUUCCAGAGGCUAAAGUGACUAUCGGACCUUGGAUAGAAAAUGGGUUUUAUUAUGACUUCGAUGUGGAACCUUUACAGGACAAGGAUUUGAAGAGGAUUAAAAAGGAGAUGGAUCGCAUUAUUAGCCGAAAUUUACCACUAGUAAGAGAAGAAGUAUCAAGAGAUGAAGCUCAGAAAAGAAUAACGGCCAUAAACGAACCUUACAAGAUGGAGAUUUUGGAAAGUAUCAAGGAAGAUCCCAUCACAAUCUAUCACAUUGGUAAUGAGUGGUGGGAUCUUUGUGCUGGACCCCAUGUUGAAUCUACUGGCCUUUUAAACAAAAAAGCUGUUGAGCUUGAAUCUGUUGCUGGGGCAUAUUGGAGAGGGGAUGAAAAAAAUCCAAUGCUGCAGAGGAUCUAUGGCACUGCAUGGGAAAAUGAAGAACAGUUGAAAGCAUACCUUCACUUUAAAGAGGAGGCAAAACGUCGGGAUCAUAGGCGCCUUGGCCAGGAUCUUGAUCUAUUCUCUAUACAGGAUGAAGCAGGUGGAGGGUUAGUGUUUUGGCAUCCAAAAGGUGCCAUAGUGAGGCACAUAAUAGAAGAUUCAUGGAAAAGAAUGCACAUAGAACAUGGUUAUGACUUGCUGUACACCCCACAUGUGGCGAAGGCAGACCUCUGGAAAAUCAGCGGUCAUCUGGACUUCUACAAAGAGAAUAUGUAUGAUCAAAUGAACAUUGAGGAUGAACUCUAUCAACUUCGACCGAUGAACUGUCCCUACCAUAUUCUGGUCUACAAACGGAAGCUGCACUCAUAUAGAGACUUCCCAAUUAGAGUUGCUGAGCUGGGUACUGUAUACCGGUACGAGCUUUCGGGAAGCUUACAUGGCUUGUUCCGUGUAAGAGGUUUCACUCAGGACGAUGCACACAUAUUCUGCUUAGAGAAUCAGAUCAAGAAUGAAAUUAGGGGUGUGCUGGAUCUAACUGAAGAGAUCUUGCUCCAAUUUGGAUUUAGCAAGUAUGAAGUGAACCUUUCCACAAGACCAGAGAAAGCUGUGGGAUCUGAUGACAUAUGGCAAAAAGCAACAGUCGCUCUUAAAGAUGCAUUGGAUGAUAAAGGUUGGCACUACCAGAUUGAUGAAGGUGGUGGUGCUUUUUAUGGUCCAAAGAUUGAUCUCAAAAUUGAGGAUGCUCUUGGAAGAAAGUGGCAAUGCUCAACUGUGCAGGUUGAUUUUAAUUUGCCAGAGAGGUUUGAUAUUACUUAUGUCGAUUAUAACUCAGAGAAGAAGCGACCAAUCAUGAUCCAUCGGGCAGUGCUUGGGUCUUUAGAGCGCUUUUUUGGUGUCCUUAUAGAGCAUUAUGCUGGCGAUUUCCCAUUAUGGCUUUCUCCAAUCCAAGCUCGUGUAUUACCUGUCACUGACACUCAACUUGAGUACUGCAGCAAGUUGAUGAAAAGGCUGAAGGAUAAUGGUAUCAGGGCUGAAGCUUGCCAUGGUGAGCGCUUACCAAAGCUCAUAAGAAAUGCAGAGAAGCAGAAGAUCCCAUUAAUGGCAGUUGUAGGUCCCAAAGAAGCUGAAACCCAGACUGUUACAGUUAGAUCUAGGUUUGGUGGAGAGCUUGGAACCAUGACAAUUGAUGAUUUCAUAUGCAGAAUCAAGUCUGCAGUUGACAACAGAACUUCAAUUUAGAAUGCAUCUUUUCAUCAGAUAUAUUGACAGUGAGCUAUGGAAAGGCAGGAAAGCCUGGAACAUCAUCAUACUCAUCUCUAAGCAGAUCUAUGCAUUGAUGUAAUUGUAAAAUAGAUUACAGAUACACAUACUUGAUUUGGAAAGGAAAA